AUGACUUCUGGCGCCUACCACCGGUCGGAUCCGCGAUGCAAAUCGAUCUUCGUUUCUGCCGGGAACAAGCCUCCUUCUGAUGCAAGGACCACAGCUUGGACACUUUGUGGUGACCUGCUUGACAGCUCGCUCUUCGCGCAUGGUGGUUUCAGACCUGAGGUGGCACUGGCAUCUCCCAGGCCAUUGGUUCAGAAACGCUUGGGUGACCGCGGUGAGGAGCUCGUUCAGACAUCACUGCAGCACCGGAGGCAAGCCCCAUCGGUGGACAGCAGCACGUGGUUUCCCCUCCUAACCGGGAUGCGAUCACCCACCUUCGAUGAUGGACCCGCAGUCGCACGGCAAGGAUCGCUUUCACCGUUGCAGUCUUCAACCGGGCCUGGAAAUUAUCUCUGUUUUCUUGGUGGGGCGAUGUCUUUCGGCAUGAGCAAGAUGCUGAAUUGGCCGCGGUUGGAACGGCUUUUCUCGCAAAGCAUCGCAUGGCAGCUCUCUAACAUGGACCAUCUUUGGGCUGGCAUCAUGUCUCGGCCAGGUCCGGUGCACCUUUACGUUUUGAGCCGGCUCUUAGGACAGGUCUCCCCAAGUCGAGUGAUUCUCGUUGGCAUGUCCCUUGGCAAUGUGGCCGUGACGGGAUGUGCUCAGAUCACCGAGUUGGCAAUCCGUGAUUCUAUCCGUGCAUUGGUGCUGUGGGACCACAUCGUCCUGCCAGCUUACACUUUGAAGCCUUUGAGAUUGGUCGCCUUUUCCUGGAUGAGCGCCUCGUAUCUGAAUCCGGAAUUCUCUACACCACCAUGUAGGCUGCAAGCACCUAGUCUUCUGCUUCGGUGUGGAGUUUACGACCGUGAAGCCAUUGAUGCCACCAACGACUACGUCAUGGCGUCGCAGUCCUUUGGAGCAGUGACGUUUGAAGGUCUACGACACACAAUCUUGCAAGAAUCUAGCCACAUGAGCACCUACCGCGAUGACUUGUGGGACAUCACUCGCGUGCUGAACUUCGCAGCCGGGUCGUGA